GCCGUUGUUAUGGUUUAGCGUCAAAUGGCGGAACAGGUGCUUGAUCGAAUGCCAGUAAAUAAUAUUAAUAACACGUAAAGGUGAACAGGUCACUUCAUUAUAGAUAGAUUAGAUGUCUCACGCUUCGUAAGAUCUACAACAACAUGUUUUUAAACGUCUAUACAAGGGCAGUAUAUAUAUAGAUAUUGCGCCAUAUGAAAAACCUGAAGAAACAGUUUGGUUGUAAGGUAAUCUGAAUCUGUAAGAUGAGCAGUCCAAGACGAGAGCGGACGAGGUUUAUGAAGAGACAUGUAUCCAAACACGCCGUGACAAUUGACACGUCAAAAGCCAAGUCUAACGCCGAUGUUGUCAGGCUGUGUGUGAAAGAGCUGGGGCUGGUCGAGUUUCCCUUGGGAAGGAAAGAGUUGGGUUGUGACAUAUACUGGAAUGAGUUUCACUACAAUGAUAACCAUGCUCCAAUGGGGGGAAGAGUCAACAAAUUCCCAGGUAUGGUGGAGGUCUGCUCUAAGAUGACAUUGUCAAGAUGUCUUGACAUCAUGAGAGACCUGUACCCCGACGAUUAUGACUUCUACCCUCGCACCUGGUACCUACCUGCCCAGUAUGAAGAUUUCUGUAAAGAGGCUGAAGUAAAAAAUGCAAAGAAAAGGAAAUUCAAACAAACUUACAUUGUUAAACCAUAUGGGGGGUCAAGUGGGGAAGGCAUCUUUCUGCUUAAAGAACCCAAGGAUUACAUUUCCUCGUACCCUUCCAAAAGGGGCACUUGUCAUGUGGCUCAAGAAUAUGUGUCUAAUGUUUAUCUUAUUGAUGACUUCAAGUUUGAUUUCCGAAUCUAUGUUGUUUUGAAAAGUUUGGAACCAUUAGAAUUUCACAUCUGCAAAGAGGGACUGGCAAGAUUUUCAACAGUGCCAUAUAAACGUCCAACAAAGAAAAAUAUUCACGAGUCUUUCAUGCAUUUGACCAACUAUUCUCUGAAUAAAAGAAGCAAAGACUUUUGUCACUCAGAGGAAGAAGAUGAAGGGAGCAAAAGGACUCUUAGUAGUGUGAUGAGAAGGAUAGAUAUGGAUGGCCAGGACAGCAGAGAAGUGUGGGAGAAUAUUGAACUAGUAGUGUGCAAAACCAUCAUGGCCAUUGUGCCGGAAGUGAAAGUGGUCGUGCAUAAAACCAUCACACCUGGAAAAACAGGACCAUCUUUUUUUCAGAUUCUUGGCUUUGACAUCCUCCUUAUGGAUGAUCUGAAGCCCAUCCUUCUGGAGGUCAAUAGUAGCCCAAGCCUCUCUAUGGAUAGUGAGGUGGAGGUCAGCCCAGGGGUCCCAAAAUAUGUCCGCAGCCCCAAAGAUGAGGAAGUGAAGUUCCCUCUUGUGAGAGAUACUAUAUUGCUGGUGCUGUCCCCUAACAAACGCAAACACUGUGAAAAAAAGAGAAGGAAGAGGCUGAUUCAUCUGAAGAGGUUGAUGUCUUGCAAUGAGUCUGUGCUGUCACGGACAUCAUCUGAUGUCACCACCUGUGUCCAGAUGUACGAGGAUGGAGGCGAGGAGAAUGUCGAGGAGGAGGAGGAGGAUGAGGAGGUCAAUCAACAGAUGUCAGAGUUACAUGUACACAUGGAUUUAGAUUCCGCAACCAAUGAAAUGGAAGAAGAGAAAUUUGAAACUGUUCCUCCAGAUAGUGACCACAAACUCCAGAUCCAAGAGGGGGAUCUGCACAAUCCGGAUGGUGAUCAUGAAGAAGCUCAUUUGGAGGAGAGUUGUCUAAAGCAGCUGUAUCCAGACCCAUAUCAGGAAGAGUGUGACCAGUUCCAUAUUCUGGGGAGAGUGGCCAAGCUGUACAUGAACAGCCUGGGGGUCAGGAAGUCGGCAGGCAUGAGUUCCUCCUCCUUCAGGACUUUCAUCAGGAAAUGUGAGUUUGGCAAGAAAGGAUUGACGAGUGCUUCAGUGGACAUUAUGUACCUAGAUUUACAGAGACGCUGGGAUAACAUGAACCCAGACCUGUCCGGAUUAACCCUAUCUUUCCAAGCCUUCCUUGAUGCUUGCUUUGAAAUAUCAAAAAUCUGUUUUCCUGCUGCAACUAAGCUGGAAAUGUUGGAGAACUUUGUGGGUCACUGCGAGUCCCAUCUUUGUCUGAGAGAAAAUGAGGACUAGAGGACACAUUGUGAAGAUCUGCAUGCACAGAGACAAUAUUUGUUAAUUCAGAGCAACUCACCAAACCUCAAGACAUUUGCUUUAAAAAAAUUGUGAUAUGUACAAACUUUUAAGGUUGAGUUUUCUCUCUCUCUCUCUCUCUCUCUCAGCUGCAUUGCUGUAACACUGUGAAACUUUUGGGCUGUGUGUUUGUCUGAAAACUUCAUGUUUUAACUUGCCUUUUUUCAAGUGAUCAGUAUAUGUAUUGUAACAUGUGUAUAUUAAUUGUAUAUGUCCAUGAGCUGUACAGCUGUUGACCAAUAAACAAUACAAUUGUCUGUGUAAGUGCUAUCGUUUGACAGCUUUCUCUCACUGUA